AUUACAUGAAUAGUGGUAACUAUAGUUAGCUAUAGUUUCUAUUUAUAGUCACCAUCUUAAAGCCGGAUUGUGUGUUGCAGCCGGUGCUGUGAGUAAUACUCUGUUACUCCGCUUGGGGGCGGUAUUGUGCCACUUUCUCCUCUUUCACGGAAUAUAAAGGGGCUGAUGAAAAAAACAGAAAAGGAGAACUUGCAUUCAAUUGUCCAAGCCUAACGUCAUGGAAAGAGUUACUUUGUUGCAGCGUACACAGGAAUGAACCCAGAGAAAUAACACUGGACCUCGAUGUGUGUUGACAUCUCGUAGAAGCAGAUUGUUUGGUUUCCGAUUCUGCUUUUUUGUGAUUUUAAGGGAUCGACUGAAGAUGCGCAGGAACCUGUUUACAAGGAAAACGCAGCAAGUUUGAGUGUGAGAGCACCGGGCUCACAAUGCGCCGGGAUACCAUUACUCAACCCUUUGUUUUUCUUCACGCCAGGCCACUUUGCCUUGGAAAUACUGCCAUCAAGGAUCAUUUUUUGGCUCCGUAAUGAGAAACAAGUGUUGGAUAAGUGAUCAAGGCGAGGUUGCACUCCAGUUUCUGGGAACUAAAACCGACGCCUGUGCUUUUAGAAGAGCUUUUCGGUGAACCCAGUUUUGUUUUUUUAACCUGAUGUGCUAGUGAGGUGUGUUGAAGAGGUAGAGAGUCAUUUUGUUAUGAGGGACCUAAUAUGUUAUAGAGCCUUUAUAGUCUAAAGUUAUUUUUUAGAUUUUUUAAAAGCACAUUAGAGAAUAAGACAACAGAGCCUCAAUGGGCUGAGGAUACUAGACUUUUUUAGAGGAUAGUAGUAGAUACUGAUAGUUUUGUUGGCUUCUUUUGUGUCCACUUAGAUUUAUAGGUCAAAUUGUGCUUUUGCACACUUGAUCCAACAACUGCCAUGUAAUUUGAGAUGAGUUUAAAUAUUGCAGUGCGCUAGUAUCAGCAUGCAUCAAGACAGUGGCAUUAAUAUAGGCUAAUGCAGGCACUAUGUGCAUUUGAGUUUUCUGGUUUAGGACCCACUGGAGUAUCAAGAUGUCAGUGAAAGCCAAAGCCAUCUACACUUUUCUAAGUGAAAACAAAGAGGAGAUCAGUAUUCAGGAGAAUGAGGAACUGGUUAUCUUUGAUGAGAACUCAGUGGACGGCUGGUUUCAGGGGGAGAACAGUCGAGGGGAGAGGGGUCUCUUCCCAGCAUCCUAUGUGGAAAUUAUUCGCACUCGGUCAAACUCUAACAUGACUGACUCCUCCAUCAGCCCACCAAGCUCUUUAGGAAAGGCCUCCUACUUCCCCUCAACCCAAAACAGCCCUUCUCAUUUGCAGCAGUCUUACUAUGAUGACGAAGAUGAUGAUGACUGGGAUGACUGGGAUGACAGGUCCACAGUGGUGGAGGAUGCUGACCACACUAGCAGCCCGGGGGCCAAUGGACAUGCCCAUCAGAGCCCAAUGUCUAACAACCCCAAUGUGCACUACCGGGCCAAACCUCACAUGGAGAGGCAGGACAGCAUCUCCAGCUCCAGGAAAGGCAGCAUGGUGGGCAGGAACUUGAACCGAUUUUCGAGCUUUGUUCGCUCAGGAGUGGAAGCAUUUGUGCUGGGUGAUGUACCGAUGAUGGCAAAGAUAGCAGAGUCAUACACCAUCGAGAUGGGUUCCGUAGGGCCUCAGUGGAAGGAGAGCCCGCAGCCUUUCUCCUGCUCCAUUGAAGACCCCACAAAACAGACAAAGUUCAAGGGCAUCAAGACAUACAUUUCAUACCGAGUCACACCGAGCCACACAGGGCGUCCCGUUUACAGGCGUUACAAACACUUUGACUGGCUGUACAACCGCUUACUGCACAAGUUCACUGUGAUCUCUGUGCCUCACCUGCCUGAGAAGCAGGCGACGGGGCGAUUUGAGGAAGAUUUCAUCGAGAAGCGUAAGAGGCGAUUGAUACUAUGGAUGAACCACAUGACCAGCCAUCCAGUCCUCUCCCAGUAUGAAGGCUUUGAGCACUUUCUGAUGUGUGCUGAUGACAAACAGUGGAAACUGGGCAAGAGAAGGGCAGAGAAGGACGAGAUGGUGGGUGCUCAUUUCAUGCUGACCCUCCAGUUCCCUAAAGAGCACCAGGACCUUCAGGAUGUAGAGGAGCGGGUCGACACCUUCAAGGCCUUUGCUAAGAAAAUGGAUGACAGUGUGAUGCAGCUCAUGCAUGUUGCCUCUGAGCUGGUGCGUAAACACCUGGGUGGGUUCAGGAAGGAGUUCCAGCGGCUGGGAAAUGCCUUCCAGUCUAUCAGCCAGGCCUUCAUGCUGGACCCUCCCCACAGCUCAGAAGCCCUCAACAGCGCCAUCUCCCAUACUGGCCGCACCUAUGAGAACAUUGGAGAGUUGUUUGCAGAGCAACCUAAGUACGACCUCUUCCAUAUGCUGGACAAGCUGUCACUCUACCAAGGCCUGCUGGCUAACUUCCCAGACAUUAUUCAUCUACAGAAAGGUGCCUUUGCCAAGGUAAAGGAGAGCCAGCGGAUGACCGAUGAAGGGAAGAUGGACCAAGACGAAGCCGAUGGCAUUAGAAAACGCUGCCGGACAGUCGGGUUUGCCCUCCAGGCAGAGAUGAGCCACUUCCAUCAGCGGCGAGAGGUGGACUUCAAAGACAUGAUGCAGGCCUACCUCAGGGAGCAGAUAGCCUUUUACCAACGCGUCGUCCAGCAACUGGAGCGCACCCUGCGCAUGUACGACUGUCUGUGAAGACACCAACUUGCUGCCUGGUUCGAGAUGCCAAAAAGGAGGAGGAGGAGAAAGGAAAAGGGAGGUCCUAGUCUUGACCCUUUUAUCAUUGUCCUUUGUAUUGGUCAUGUUUGGUUCAUUUUGAAAAGACUUACAGGUAAAUGAAGCAGGAGUUACUGAAAAGACAGCCACUCAAGUUUUUUGUCUUUUUGUACGACCUACUGUACCUUUUAUUUACCACACAUCACAUAGGCAGUGUCACAGCAUAUUGUUUAUUUUACAGAAUUUAAAGUGUUGGAGCAUUAAGAUAAGAAAAUAGGGUUCAAAUUCAUAUAACUGAUUGUUCAGUGUAACACAUUAAAACCGGUUUUAUUUUGAAUAUGUCCCCUACUCUUCAACAUAAUGCACUUUGGCUUCACCAGGGACUGAUUCACGUUACUUCCAAUAUGUAGAAAAUCAUUUUAUUCUGGUUUAUUUAACAACAUCCAAUAAACAUUCCAGAUGUUUUUAAUUCAGCAUUUUAGGAUUUUAUUAAAGUCACUUAUUUUAUUUUUUAAUCAAAAUGCAAAAAAAAGAUGAUACAUUGUCUUUUUGAUAUCUUACAGGGGGGAUUUCACCAUCACCUCCUCUGAUUGAUGUUAAGGUCUCAAUUGCUCAGGUUUUCACUGCAUUGUUUCACUUCCUGUCAAUUCCCACAGUUUAUCAUUUAAUACAAUUUACAGAGGCCUGCCUGAACCUUCCAACAUGUUACUGAAACCAUUUAAUUUAGUUGAAUUUCACGUUUUACUUUUUUCCUCAAAGUAAGUGCCUUUUAUGGAUCUGAAGCAUUCUGAUGGAAUCGUAUUAAACGGACAGUUUGUUUGUAGUGUGGACUGUGUUUUAUAGGAUGAAUCGUUGAAACGAGUCUUGUUUAGACAAGUUUGCACAUGUUUUUAUAUACUAGUGGGACAUCGUGAGUGUGCACGAGUGAAUGAAAUGAGUCAGUAACUAUGCUGAUCAAUUUGGUUUUCCAUGGAGUAAAACAAACAAAACUGUGGCUGUAUAUGUAGCAGCAGGCGUAUCUAGCCGAGCAAUAUGAAACAGAGCUGAAGUGGAUGAACUGGAUGUGUGAGGCAGAACAUCAGCACGACAUUUCUGUUUUUGCAUUAGAUCAUUUACAAAUACUUUUACUGUAUUGUCAGAGUUUUAUGUUUAAGAGAGUCUGAGUCAAAAAAAACACUACAAUUUAAUAUUGAUGCUGACUAGACACCAAUAGAACCAUGUUAUGUCAUUAGGAAUAUUUCCAUACUGCAGCCAUAACUUUAUUGUAAUGGUCUGACAUUUUGGAACAUUAUUUGCUUUCUUGCUGUGAGACACAUGAAAAGAUCGAUGCCACUCUCUCAUCCCUGUCUGUUAAGUGUCAAGCUACAGCUAGCAACUUGUUAGCUUAGCUUAGCACAAAGACUGGAAACAAGUGUUCACAUGUGACAAAUCCUGCCUACCAGCUUGUCUGAUAUUUAUUAAUAAAAAUGUCAUAUCUCAUUUAAGUUAUACAAAAGCCAAAGUGUAAAAAUGUCCUGUUGCUAUUUUACGGGGGGCUUAUAACACUGUCCCUCUUCAGGAUGGAGUCCAAAUUAUAACUAUUAAACAGAACAAACAAAUGAGUCAUAACUUGGUAAUUGUUGAGGUUUAGAGUUGCUGUUAACAAGAUUUAGCUACUUUUGAACAGACCCCACAUGACUCUUUCCAGUCCCUAUGCUAAGUUGGGCUAAAUUUAUUAAAUGCCUCUGCAGAGGUGAGAGUACAGCGAUCUUCUCAUCCAGCUCUCUGCAAGAAAGCAAUGCCUAUUUCCCGACAUGUUGAACAGUUCCUUUCGUAAUCAUCCAUAGAUCAUAUUGCUUUUAAUCCAGCUGUGAUCACAGUGAAGUGUCACUUUCUACAUUUCACUUAGAAAUGUAUUUAAACAUUUUCCACACUGAAUGGGAUUUGAAUGAG